AUGGCGACCGUGUCCCCCUUCGCGCGCAGCAGCAUCUUCGACGAGCCGCGGCUUGGCGGCCGCGAGCAGACGAUCGAGGAGAUGUACAGCGUGCCGGAGAGCUUCCUCGAGAUCGAGGUCCGCAAUCCCCAGACACACGGCUUCGGGCGGAAGAUGUACACCGACUACGAGAUCGUGUGCAAGACGAACAUCCCCGCCUUCAAGCUCCGGCACUCGGUCGUCCGCCGGCGGUACUCGGACUUCGAGGCCUUCCGCGACAUCCUCGAGCGCGAGUCCACGCGCGUCAACAUCCCCCCGCUCCCCGGCAAGGUCUUCACCAACCGGUUCUCGGACGAGGUCAUCGAGGGCCGCCGCGAGGGCCUCGAGCGCUUCCUCACCAUCGUCGCUGGCCAUCCGCUCCUCCAGACGGGGAGCAAGGUCCUCUGCGCCUUCCUCCAGGACCCGGGCUGGGACAAGGCCCAGUGGCAGUGA